CUGCUAGAAAUUAAAAGAAAGUCCACUGAAACUGGAGGAAUCUCUCCAUGUCAGCAUAUCCUCCCCCACGCGAUUAUAUAUAUGUAUAGAUAUAUUGAUGCUAGCUCAUAGCACAAUAUCACAAACAAAACUAGAUAAUUAAUAUUCCACUCUAUUAUAUCUACACAUUUCAUUUGAGUUGUACUGUAUAUCAUAUUAUCUCUAACAUGUCAGUGAAGGUAGCCGCCGAGUACUUGCCAAAACAGGCCUGCAGGGUUGAAACAGCAGAGAAGAAGGUGGUUGUAGUGAGAGAGUAUGAAGAGAGAGAGAAGUUGGCAGUGGAAGAGCUUGAGAGACAGUGUGAAGCAGGGCAGCAGCAGCAGGGGAAGCCUUCACUUUUCACUGACCUAAUGGGCGACCCCUUAUGCCGUGCCCGUCACGUCCCACUACACAUCAUGCUGGUUGCGGAAUAUGGAGAGGGAGAGAUUGUGGGGGUAAUAAGAGGGUGUAUAAAAACUGUGACGAGGGGGAAUUCAAUUUAUGUAAAGUUGGCUUAUAUUCUGGGACUACGGGUCUCUCUCACGCACAGGAGGCUUGGAAUUGGCACAAAACUGGUUCAGAAGUUAGAAGAAUGGUGCAAGCAAAAGGGCGCAGAAUAUGCAUACAUGGCCACCGAUUACACCAACGAGGCCUCCAUUAAUUUAUUUACCCAAAAAUGUUCAUACAUGAAAUUUCGAACUCCUACCAUGUUGGUACAGCCUGUUCAUGCUCAUCACAAGCCAAUUGGCUCGAGCAUUGCAAUCGUUAAACUCACCCCACAACUUGCUGAGUCAAUUUAUCAUCGAACCUUUGCCAAUUCAGAAUUCUUCCCUAAAGAUAUAGACAAUAUUUUAAGUAACAAGCUCAAUUUGGGCACAUUCAUGGCUCUCCCCAAGAAUUCCUUCCUUAAGUGGGAUCCAAAAACAGGUAUUCUCCCACCAAGCUUCGCAAUUCUAAGCGUGUGGAACACUAAGGAAGUGUUCAAGUUACAAGUGAUGGGUGUGUCAAAGUUAACGUACUUGUGUUGCAUGGGAACUAGGUUGGUGGAUGCAUGUAUGCCAUGGCUAAGGUUACCUUCAUUUCCUGAUGUUUUUAGACAAUUUGGGGUUUACACUUUGUAUGGUUUGCACAUGGAAGGUCAAACAAAACGUACUGCUCGCAGUCUCAUGAAGUCUCUAUGUGCAUUUGCACAUAAUUUGGCUAGAGAUGAGGUUGGAUGUGGGGCUGUGGUCGCAGAGGUGGGCCAGUGGGACCCGGUUAGGGAGGCCAUCCCACAUUGGAAGAGAUUUUCAUGGGCUGAGGAUCUGUGGUGCAUUAAGAAGCUAGCAGAUUCUAGUGAAAAAUGUGACACAGCUGAUUGGAUCAAAUCCCAAUCCUCUAAUUCAUCUGUUAUUUUUGUUGAUCCACGGGAUUUUUGACACCUUUUUAGCUUGAUUGACUCACAUAAUUGUCCAAUUGUAAGGUGUAAUUAACCAUCUAAUUAUAUGUGUGUGUUUUUUCUUACAAUAAAUGAAGACAAGGUAAUCAAACCCAAGUUCUCUUGUAAAAGGAUUCUCCAUAUAAAUAAUUGGAUCGUG